UGACGUCGCGCAGCCUCGUCCUCGCUGCCGCCGCCGCCACCGUAGUCGCCGCUGCUGUCGCCGCCGCUGCAGCUGCCGCCGCCGCCGUUGCCGCCAUUGAAGUCUGCGCCUCGUCAGUGCGUCUCGUCCCGCGCCCGCCCGCGAGCGGCCCGCGCGCCCAGCCACCGGCGCCGCCGCCCGGACGGCGCCCGGGGAGGAGGCGGCGGGCCCGGGGCCGCGAGAGCGCGGGUGACAGGCCCGGCCUCGCGGGGAGGCCCGAGCCGGCGGGCGCCCCGGCCCCGCACCGCGCCGGCUGUUCAUGAAGCAUGUCGGCCACCAGCGUGGACCCCCAGCAGAGAACAAAAGGGCAAGAUAAUAAAGUACAAAAUGGUUCUUUGCAUCAGAAGGAUACAGUUCAUGACAAUGACUUUGAGCCCUACCUUUCUGGACAGUCAAACCAGAGUAACAGUUACCCCUCCAUGGCCGACCCCUACCUGUCCAGCUAUUACCCACCAUCCAUCGGAUUUCCCUACUCCCUCAAUGAAGCGCCGUGGUCUACCGGAGGGGAUCCUCCAAUCCCAUACCUCACCACCUACGGACAGCUCAGUAACGGAGACCAGCAUUUUGUGCACGAUGCUGUUUUCGGGCAGCCUGGGGGCCUGGGGAACAACAUCUAUCAGCACAGGUUUAAUUUUUUCCCCGAAAACCCCGCCUUCUCGGCCUGGGGGGCGAGUGGGUCUCAGGGGCAGCAGGCUCAGAGUUCAGCUUAUGGGAACAGCUACACCUACCCGCCGAGCUCCCUGGGCGGCACGAUCGUGGACGGACAGACAGGCUUUCACAGCGACACCCUCAACAAGGCCCCUGGAAUGAAUAGCCUGGAGCAGGGCAUGGUGGGCCUGAAGAUCGGGGAUGUCACCACCUCUGCAGUCAAGACGGUGGGAUCGGUCGUCAGCAGCGUGGCGAUGACGGGCAUCCUUUCCGGCAGCGGCGGGACGAACGUGACCAUGCCGGUGUCGAAGCCGACCUCGUGGGCGGCCAUCGCCAGCAAGCCCGCCAAACUGCAGCCGAAGAUGAAGGCGAAGAGCGGGCCCGCCGUCGGGGGCGCGCUGCCCCCUCCGCCCAUAAAGCAUAACAUGGACAUUGGCACCUGGGACAACAAGGGGCCCGUGCCCAAGGCCCCGGCUCCGCAGCCCCAGCCGGCCCCCCAGGCGGCCCCCCAGCCCCAGCCGGCCGUGCAGCCCCUUCCCACCCAGCCUCCCCCUCCGGCCCCACCACAGCAUCCGGGCCCCCAGCAGCCGCCCCAGACCCGCUGGGUCGCCCCUCGCAACAGAAGCACGGCAUUCGGGCAGAGCGGGGUGACCAGCGGCGACAGUAACUCUCCCGGGAGCGCCCAGCCCAGCGCCACCCCGAGCCCGGAGUCCCACCCCGUCCUAGAAAAACUGAAAGCCGCCCACAGCUACAACCCCAAGGAGUUUGACUGGAACCUGAAGAGCGGCCGCGUGUUCAUCAUCAAGAGCUACUCAGAGGAUGACGUGCACCGCUCCAUCAAGUACUCCCUCUGGUGCAGCACGGAGCACGGCAACCGGCGCCUGGACAGCGCCUUCCGCGCCCUCGGCAGCAAGGGGCCCGUCUACCUGCUCUUCAGCGUCAAUGGCAGCGGCCACUUCUGCGGGGUGGCUGAGAUGAAGUCACCCGUGGACUACGGCACCAGCGCCGGGGUCUGGUCCCAGGACAAGUGGAAGGGCAAGUUCGACGUGAAGUGGAUCUUCGUCAAGGACGUGCCCAACAACCAGCUCCGGCACAUCCGGCUGGAGAACAAUGACAACAAGCCGGUCACCAACUCCCGUGACACCCAGGAGGUGCCCCUGGAGAAGGCGAAGCAAGUGCUGAAGAUCAUCGCCUCGUACAAGCACAGCACCUCCAUCUUCGACGACUUCUCGCACUACGAGAAGCGCCAGGAGGAGGAGGAGGUGGUGCGCAAGGAGCGGCAGAAUCGAAACAAGCAGUGAGGACGAAGCAGGUUCUGUACCGUCAGACGUGGGGCUGGCGCGGUUGGAGAGUGUGUGCUCGGUGCUGUCUCUUGGCGUCGGCUCUGGCCGGCCUCGCACAGGGCUCGACUGCUCGCAUCUUUACGUUCUUUGUAGUUUAUUUUUGCCCAGAUGAUCUGCAUUUGUUUGUAUUUUUUCUAUGUAUUACAGUAUUGUAGAACUCACCAAUAAAGGACUAUGUUUUCGUCAGCUUAUCAGUCACACUGACCUAAUGUGAAAUAUAAGUAUCCUUAAAAACAAAAACCUAAUCCAUCCCAAAGAUUUAUUAUUAUUAUUAUUGGUGAAAAUUAUGUUCUUAUGUUCACGGUCAUUUAAUAUCUUUACAUGAGACUUCUUGUCUCUCACCCCUUUUGCUUUAAUAGCGAGCGUAAGAACCCGUGCGUCGUCCGGCAUUUAGCGUGUUCUGUUCAAGGGCUUCCCUUCAGGAUAUGCCGAAGUCACAGGCUGAUGACCGCCUCGUCAGCCGCUUUGCCAUUUCGUCUGUUACCUGUCGUCUGAAUGCUGAUUGCCCGUUUGAUUUCUACUGGACAGAAGGAUAAAUUCCAGUCUCCCCAGUUUGGUGAACCUGCUGUUUCCUGGGAACACGGGUCUUGCACAGCCGUGCGCGCCCGGCGGCUGCUCUGCUCCUACUCAGGCGGUGACCACAGGCCCGCGUGCGGAGGCCUUCCUCGUUGUGUGCAGGCCGUUCGCUCCCCCUUUUCUUCACUGGAGAGUCCUAAUGCCGUUUCACGUUUUUAUGCCAAUAAUGCUAAGCUUUAAACCUGGGAUCUGGUAGUCCAGACGGUGUGAUGGGUGAUGCCACUGAUUGUAAAUUUCAGCGUGCGUGUCUAGUUUUUUUCCUGUUGAAUGGGUACAAAAAAGCAAACAGAAAACCUUUUAGAAACUGAAUUUGCUGUCGUGUCUUGUGGGACGAGGGGCCUCCGAAGCACUCGCCACGGGAGUUCGAGCAUGAAAGCGGUGUGCACGCCUGCCUGGCGCCCCGCACACGAGCCGGGCAGAGCCUCCCGUGCGGAGCGCAGGUGCUCUCUGAAAGCUGUACUCGCCAGGCCCUCCGAGUUACAGUUUAAGCCGUUUUAUCUAGACUUGUAUUUAGAACGUGUCACUUUCUCUGAACUGUUAUUGCCUGUACGGAGUCACAGACGACAUCGGAUAACUUCCUCUAGGAGAAUACAAGCCUUAAUAAACAAUACCUAUUUAGCAA